ACCCCUUCUGGGCUACAAACGCUAAGGUCCUUAAGGUGUGGCUCGCCCUCUUUUCAUCUUCGUGCGAAACAGAUUAUUUGUCGUUUGAGUUUCCGUACGCCACGCGGAGCUCGGAAAUGGCAAGUCCUUCGAAUGUUUGAAGGACCACUGCACUCGUUCACCGUUGACGUAGCUGAUUUUGACGUCUGGCAACGGUGCUGCUUGAGGCGUGUGUCCGCCAUUAACCAGCGUGGUGCAAGAACGUCAGGAACCCCAACGAUUGCUUCCAACUUUCACCUCGAACGCAAGGUUCAUACUCCGGAACUUGUUCGGCGAUGUUAAUCGAAGUUAGGCCUACUCGAUAAAACCAUUCGCGAACGACAUGGACGUUUUCGCGCUGAGCAGUGAACCGUGGUGCGGUGUGUCGUCUCCUGGACACUGGCUGGUAGCAGUGGACGUCGAAGGCGUCGCUCAAAGCCUUUUGCGACGCGCCCUAGUCAGCGGAACAGCGGUAGCGCGUCGGACUCGGUCGUUUAUCGAAGUUGGACUGAGGAUAGCACGGAAGUUUUCGUGGAUUGUGGAAAUGGUGCCGCUGUUGGGACGAUGGGCUGCUGCCGGCUCUACUUGUGCUGUUUCGUCGCCCAUAAUCGGGGAUACGGACAACUUUGUCAUCGAGUUGAGCGACGAAGUGGACAUGUCCUUGAGAGCCGACAGUCCGGCGGACAGUGCCUUACCUUCGAGCGAUCGCUGCUCACCGGAAAAUACUAAAUGUAGCAGUAGUGACGGGGAAGAACGUUUUGAGUGCGAUGUAGAGGAAGACUUUGGAGUCAUGGACGUAGGAAAGCCUUCUCUCAGCUCUGACAGCUUUCGAAGUACCAGUAGUGCAGGCAGUACUGGGAGUACGCGACACCACGGUCCACAGCGUAACACGUGGCUGAGGACCAGUUUACGGCGGACUGGGUCUGGAAAGAGAAUGUCUUCUAGUUCAUUAGCAAGGGAGCUAUUUCAACCUUCGAGGUCCUCAACGAGAGGCCGCUCGGGUAGCUUCGAGGCGGAGGACCUGCAGGCUCUGCAGGACCAUCAACAGUCUGUGGAUGACCUAAAUGACAAGGUUAUGCAGCUGCAGGGACAGGUAUCUGCAUUGAGUGACAGCUUAAGUUCAAAUGACGACCUCUACCGGCGCGUGAAGCAGGAGAACUCGUCUCUCGUCGACAGGAUACAUGGCCUUGAGGAACAGAUCAGAGAGUUGGAAAUCAAGUCCGAGGAGCGAGUUCACGAAGAAGAGAAAAGAUUAAAAGAGGCACUGAGCCGGCAAGAGAGGGAAAAGGGUGCAGAACUGGAGAGGUAUGCCACGAGGGUGCACAUCCUGGAGCAGGAGCAGCUACAACUGCGAGAGGAAGGGAUGCGCCUCCGUGCGCUUGCGGAAAGGCUCAAGCAGGAGAAGGCACAGGCUGUUGAACAGCUUGAACAUGCUCAAAGUGAGCUCGGGGCAGUAAGGGAAGAGCAGGGUCGUCUGCAAGCUGCGAUCCGCAGGGAGCGAGAAGAUGGGAUGCAACAGAGAGCCCUGCAGGCGCAGUUGAUGCAGGAGAUGGGCCGGGAACUGGAAGAGUUGCGGCGGUUGCGCACAGACCCGGAGGGGAGGCCGCGCAGUCCCAGCCUUCUCGACCUUCUGCCCGGACGCUGCAGGGAUCUCGAAAAGCAGCUUUCCGCUAUGCGAGAUGAAAACAAGGCGCUCCGCGAAGCCAACGACGAACUCCAAGCACAGCUGCUGAGCUCGCGUGUUGAAGAAGGUCGGACGCUCGUUGGUGGUGGGCCUGGGGCAGCGUCAUUAGCUGCAGAGUUCAACACAUUGGGUGCCCUUUCUAAGGAAGAGCUCAUCGACUCUGUGAAAGUAGCCAAAGAAGAGAACGUUCGCCUACGCUCUUACAUAGACGAAAUCCUCCUCAAUAUCAUCGAACAUUACCCGCAGCUUCUAGAAGUCAAAGGAAUGCCUUGACAACGAAGCAAAUCCCGUGUGUACAUAUCCCGAAUAACGAGAUACAGCUCAGCUCGGGUCAGAGCUGAUGCGCGAGGCAUGACUCACUGUGACUCACUGUGACUCACUGUGACUCACUGUGACUCACUGUGACUCACUGUGACUCACUGUGACUCACUGUGACUCACUGUGACUCACUUGAAGCAAAUCGACACCUCGAGUGUACCUAAGCCUGCCAUUGCUGCAUUGUUACAGUGCAGAGGUGCAAGGCUGCGAACAGACGGCGAGGUUCUGCUGUGCCGCAUGUGACCGAUGUGAUAUGUUGAGGAACUGCCGAAGAAAACGGGCAACGCGCGAGUGCUUUUGUCUGCCUUAGUGGAUGCCUUUUUUUUUAUAGCUUGGUUUUAGCAACUGUGUAUGAUGAAGGACGUUUAGGUGUGUUUUUCUUUUUGUGCGUGUGUGUACAAUCAUUGAGGCAAUAUGUACGUGCCUUUAAAGAAGAGCUCCAUCACAUUUUUUGCAAUGGUUCGCGACCAAAGUCUUGCGUGAGAGCAUGGAGGUUUUGCCUCACCAACAUUAUUAUUUAUGCUUCUUGGUGACUGUGUUGUCAGCCCUGCACACGUUGAUGCUACCGCGGUGCGUGUCACAUUGGCUCUUGGUACUCAUCAAAGUAAAACUACUGCAAUAUCGCGCCAGUGUCUCACGCUCAUGUUCAUCGAGAUUUUACUACUCCACUAGAGACUGGAUUUCAGGAACAAAAAUACUACGAGGGAAACUGAUGUAUACAAAGUAGUGCAUAAAUAGGGCCCUGUGUUUUGGGGUUUUGUUUUUUUGAAAAUGUGGUGAGGGGGUGUAAUAAUCGGGUUUUAUUUCGGGAGCCGUAAAAUGGUAAAGUAGAGUGAUAUCGGGUGGAAAAGUAGGUCUUCCGGUGGAAAUUAAAAAAAAAAAAGAAAAACGCUUUUCACAUUUUAGAUGAACAUGAGAUGCAGAACAGCUGUGUUGAGUGUCCAAUGCUUGGCAAUCUCCAGUGUGGUAUUGGUGGCUGAAUUGGCACUUUGCAAAGUUUGUUUUCGGGUUUUUUCAGAUUUUACCAUAAGUGAUGAUUAUGCAAAUCGGGGGGUAAAAGCAGGUUUUACCCUAAAACAUGGGGCCCUGUGCAUAAAAACUGUGAUGAGAAAGAAACUGCAGUUUAUGCUCCCCCUUCUCAAGAAGCCCUACAAGCGAGGCCUUGUAUCUGUCCCCUCAGACAAUCACCCACGAUGAUUGGGCAUAUCAUUUGCGUAGAUCAAUGAGAGCGCACUCCACGUUGUCAUUGUCCUUGAGAAGGAUAGAGAAAGGAAAACAUAAAUAGCAAUUUCUUUUGCUCAUAAAUCGUGGACGACUCAACAGACCUCCUUUGUCGGUUGCGCUGUGCAAUUUUGUGUUGGUGUCAGGCUAACGGCAUAAUUUAUUCCACAAGGAAACAUUUUUGUGCUUUAGUGACACUUUAGUUUUGUGUCACAGAAAUCUGUUUCAGUGCCCACAGUACUAGGGCUUAUUUUUUUCAAAAAGUUCGGAAAAACUGCAGAAAAGGAAAAGUAAUUAUUUGCAUCAGUGGCAGUUUUCCUGUAACGCAACAGAGUACGAGUACAAGGAAAGGUAAUUAAAAUGAAGGCUCACGGCACUUAACGUGAUACCUGGCAUUGAAUGGAGACCAGACUACAUAAUUUCAUUCAAUACGUGGGCACACCAAACGACUGUCACAAAAAAAAAAAUAUAUAUAUAAUUCAUCAUGUUGUGAGACUGCUAAUGCACUGAAUAUGCAAACCUUAAAACUACAAUAAGAAAAUCAGUCUUGUACACCGUCCAUCACAGAAAAAGGGGAACUUUUUUAACAUUUAUAUUUUUGAGAUCACUACUUUACGAUUUAAUCAUCAAUUCUACUUUACACGCGCUACUUUUUCCAUCACCAUUGUGCUUUUUGAAUGCCUGUCAAACCAUGUUGAACUUUUACACCUGUACAUAUCACAAACUGUUCAACCUUUUCGAACGGUCAUUGCAAAGGAUAAAUGCUCCAGAAGUAAGAUGAGUCCAUAAGUAUUUCAAAGUGUCUGUUAAUUGUUGUCUGCUUCUUGUGAGUUGCGAGUGCAAGUUGCGUUUCUUUUUGCACAUUCAGAGAGUGUUUUGCUCUUAAAGUCAUGUUUGUGAGUACACAAG